CUUCAUUUCAUUAUUAUUAUUCAUUCCAUCAAACAUUGAAUUUUAAAUUGCAGCAAUAACUACAAUUAUAAUUAUCAUUAUCAUUAUUUUAAAAUGAGGUCGAACACCCAGUUCACCAUUAAUCCGAACUUCAAGUUCAUCCUCAUCUGCUUUUUCUUCAUUUUCCUGAUGUUCCUCAUCCCAAGGUCAAGCUUCCCUCCAUCAUUACUCACAUUAUCAAAACAAGUUACUCCGGCGAAAAAGCCGCAACAGUCGCCGGGAAAUCAAGAACCGGCAGAAUCUUGUGCCCGCGGGGGAUGCGGCAAGAUUCCAGCUUCGCUGGCGAACGCGCUGGUCCACUACGUCGCCAACAACGUCACACCUCAGCAGUCGCUGAAGGAGAUCUCUGUGUCCAUGAGGGUUCUGCAGAGGAAGUCGCCGUGCAACUUCUUGGUCUUCGGGUUGGGCCACGACUCGCUGAUGUGGACCGCCCUCAACCACGGCGGCCGGACGGUGUUCCUGGAGGAGGACAGCUCAUGGAUGGACGAGACAAAUCUCCGGUUUCCUUUCCUCGAGUCGUAUCAUGUCGUCUAUGACACUAAGGGAGCAAAAGCAGAAGUUGGAGUGUUUGGGUAAAAGGGCAGAAGUGAUUCUGCUGACGGAGGCGGAAAAGCUAAUAGAAGCGGGGAUGAAGGAGGAAUGCAAGGUGGUCGGAGAUCCAAGAGAGUCGAAAUGCCGGCUGUCGCUGAAGGGGUUGCCGGACAUAGUGUACGAGACGGAAUGGGACCUGAUAAUGGUGGACGCACCUACCGGUUACCACAGCGAGGCGCCGGGGAGGAUGGGCGCCAUUUACACCGCCGGGCUGAUUGCUCGGAACAGGGCGGAAGGGGACACGGACGUGUUUGUGCAUGACGUGGAUAGGGAUGUGGAAAAUAAAUUCUCGAUGGCUUUUCUUUGCAAAGGGUAUAUGAUUGAAGAAGAGGAGCGAAUUAGGCAUUUCACUAUUCCUAGUCAUAGAUCUCACCACAUUGUACCCUUUUGCCCGACAACACCCUAGAUUUAUAUACUAUGUAUAUACUACUACUAGUAUAAUAUACCUAGUACUCCCUCCGUCCCAUAAUUAUCUUCAUUCCUUCCUUUUCGGUCCGUCCCAAAUUUAUCUCCUUUUUCCCUUUUUGGUAAAGAAUAUGUGAUUCACAACCAUUCUUACACAUUUCUCUCUCCUAUGCAUAACUCUCUAGCACACAAAUCCCACUAUCUUAAAACCCGUGCCCGGUCAAAACCGGAGUUAAAUAUGGGACGGAGGGAGUAUCAAUCUUUGUCUUAUUUUCUAAUCAUGGGGAACCACAUGUAUACAUGGAUAUACAUAUCAUAUAUACUCCCUCCGUUCUUUUUUAGUUGCAAUGGUCAACAUUUCACAUUUGCCAA